AUGUCCUAUCGGUAUACUAUACGAUAUAGGCCAACGGAUAAGCAUUGUAACGCAGACGCUCUAUCUCGGCUUCCAGUAGGGCCGGAUGCCGAGUUCGACCAAAGUGAAGCAUGCAUGCAGGUCGAAUCUGACCUAACUGCUUCACCACUUAAUGUGCAACAUCUGGCAAACCUAACUGCAAAGGAUCGCACUCUUAAACAAGUGUGGCGAUUCAUCGAAAAGGGGUGGCCUGAGAAGCUUCCAUCGCAACACCGCGAGCUACAGCCGUAUUUUGUUCACCGGCACGCGCUUAGUUUGGAAAUGGGGGUCAUUAUAUUGAGAACAGAGUACACGCGUGUGGUCCUACCGUUGACGGCACAAGCAACCGUCCUUGAAUUGCUGCAUGAAGGACACUGGGGUAUGACGCGUAUGAAGCAAAUGGCGCGUCAACACUGCUGGUGGCCCUCUAUGGAUACACACAUAGAAAAGAAAGUUUCACAAUGCGAAAUAUGCCAACAGCAAAGUACAUCUUCACCAGCUCGAGCAUAUACAAAUUGGCCUGUAGCUGAACGUCCAUGGCAGCGCAUACACUUGGACUUUGCAGGGCCGUUUCAUAACGCUACUUGGCUUAUAUGCAUCGACGCAUUUUCGAAAUAUCCAUUUGUAACAAACAUGGCCAGUAUAACGGCUAAAGCAACGAUCGAUGCCUUAAAAGUAAUAUUUUCUGUCGAAGGUCUGCCUGAUACCAUAGUCACGGAUAACGGACGGCAAUUCUCAGCGGCCGAGUUCCAGGUUUUUUGUAACAGCAAUGGGAUUACGCAUCUCACCACUGCGCCUUUUCAUCCGGCAUCGAACGGCGAAGCUGAACGCUUUGUGCGCACCUUUAAGCAAGCCUUUAAGAAAGCAGUCGCGGACGGUAAAAAUCAUUUAGAUUCGCUACUAACCAUUCUUAGCACUUACAGAACUUGUCCCAUUGGCAGUAGCAAUAAGUCGCCGGCGGAAUUGCUACAUGGCCGCCAGCCAAAAACACGGCUUAAUAUGCUUGUACCCACUCCCACUCAAGGGUCCAGGGCCGGGUCGGAAUCAUCGUACGCUGUUUCGACAAACGUUUACGCCAGGAACUAUGCACGGGGUCCACCGUGGAUUCCUGGUGUAAUUCAAAGCAAAGUUGGCAGUAUGAUGUAUCGCGUGAGUACGGACCAAGGCUUACUCCGUCGCCACCGUAACCAGUUGAAGGCUCGCCUAUGA